GCAAAGCAAAGUAUCUUCAGUGAUUGCUGAAGAGGUUGAUGGCAGUAAUUACGAUGUCUAUCCGGAUAUCAGAUAUGAAUGGUGGAACCCAAAUAUGGAUAUUAACGCAAAAACCUACCUGGAUGCAAGGGAUGUAUUAGAAUAAAUUACCGCUGAUUUGCUCUCGAAAGAUCAACAGCCCACUUCACUGAUGAGGUCCAAGACACCCAUAAGAGAGGAGGACUGAGCAGGCCCCGCGCCAGCACGGCUCUCCUCUGGAGAAGGCCAGGUGCAACGGCAGCAGGGACAGCUUUUCCCCAUCCAACUCCCUAGGACCCUAUAGUCCUGCCCUCCACAUUUCCUGUCUUAGUGGGUCCCCGCGAGCGUUCAAAACUGUUUCUCCAACGAUUCUACCAAAAACUCAGACUGUUUUCCAGAGCAGAAGCAGCGGUUGGGCCCAGCUGCUCCUCCUCCCAGGGGGAAGCCAUGGGGAGCGUGCGAAGCCACCGCUACAGCAUUGUCUCCUCCGAGGAAGACGGCAUGAAGCUGGCCGCCAUCGCCGCCGUGCCCAACGGCUACGCCAAUGGCACGGUGGCCAAGGUUCACGCGACGCAGCAGCAAGCUGUGAGCCGCUUCGUCCAGAAGGAUGGCCACUGCAACGUGCAGUUCAUCAACAUGAGCGAGAAGGGCCAGCGUUACCUUGCCGACCUGUUCACCACCUGUGUGGACAUCCGCUGGCGCUGGAUGUUGAUCAUCUUCUGCCUGUCCUUCCUCCUCUCCUGGCUCUUCUUCGGCUUCGUCUUCUGGCUGGUAGCGCUCUCCUACGGCGACCUGGAGAACGAGACGCAGAUGUGCGUGUCCAACGUCAACAGCUUCACCGCUGCCUUUCUCUUCUCCGUGGAGACGCAGACCACCAUUGGCUAUGGCUACCGCUACGUCACCGAGGAGUGUCCCGUGGCCGUCUUCAUGGUGGUCUUCCAGAGCAUCUUCGGCUGCAUCAUCGACGCCUUCAUCAUUGGCGCCGUCAUGGCUAAGAUGGCCAAGCCCAAGAAGAGGAAUGAGACUCUGAUCUUCAGCCACUACGCCACGGUGGCCAUGCGGGACAGCAAGCUGUGUCUAAUGUGGCGCGUGGGGAACCUGCGCAAGAGUCACCUGGUGGAGGCCCACGUGCGCGCCCACCUCCUCAGGUCGCGAACCACGGCCGAAGGCGAGUAUAUCCCCCUGGACCAGAUGGACAUCGACGUGGGCUUCGACAGCGGCGUUGACCGCGUCUUCCUGGUGUCGCCCAUCACCAUUGUCCACGAGAUCGACGAGGACAGCCCCUUGUAUGAGAUGAGCAAACAGGAGCUGGAAACGUCCCAGUUUGAGAUGGUGGUGAUCCUGGAAGGUAUGGUGGAAGCCACGGCCAUGACCACCCAGUGCCGAAGCUCCUACGUGGCCAGCGAGGUUCUCUGGGGCCACCGCUUCGAGCCAGUCCUGUUCGAGGAAAAUAACUACUACAAGGUGGACUACUCACGCUUCGAGAAAACCUACGAGGUGAGCAGCACGCCCCAGUGUAGUGCCAGGGACCUGGCCGAGAAGAAGUCUCUGGUCUCUUGCUCCAACUCCUUCUGUUACGAGAACGAGGUGGCCCUUGAAAAAGUGGAGAUGGAGGAGACGUUUGACGAGGAGAAAGAGGAGGAUGGGGAGGAGAAGGAGGAGGUAAAAAUGGAGGAUCAGGGUGCUAUUGAGAAUGGCAUUGAGAACGCAACACUGGAGGAGACAAACACAGACACAGUCUCUGUACAUUCUGAACACAAUCAGGAUACCAGGAGUCUGACGAUGCCUUCAGAAGCAAGGCCUCUAAGACGAGAAUCAGAAAUAUGACUGCAGAGAUGUUAGGGGGGAAAUACUACAUGAAAUACUAUUAUGAUAGGAGCAAAGGUCAAACCUAACAGCUGUCUGUACUACUGCAGGAUGGCUUGACUGUGAGGUGAGUGUCAUUUUCUGAGGAAGACACUCAGGCACAAGCGAAUACAGAAUUAACAGUCCAGAGAAAAUUAUGCAAUAUUAUUUAUUCUCUUCACCCAAGUCCCUCAUCUGGUGGGAAGCGAUGGUAGAUUGACUGAGAGGAGUUGAUGGCUCUUCUGGCCCGUGGCACUGUAGGAAUGAGACGGGUUAGGUAGCAUUUUAUACUGUGUGUGUGUGUGUGUGUGUGUGUGUGUGUGUGUGUGUGUGUGUGUGUGUGUGUGUGUGUGUGUGUGUGUGUGUGUGUGUGUGUGUGUGUGUGUGUGUGUGUGUCUGUGUGUGUGUGUGUGUGUGUGUGUGUGUGUGUCUGUGUGUGUGUGUGCAUGCAUGAGCCUUUGAAAGUUUCAAGAGAACAUUAGAAAGUUGUCACAUUGAGACACUCCACAUUAAAAAAUUAUAUAUACCUAUACUUUAGUAGUAUUACUAUAUUUAUAUACUAUAGUAUUUACUGUACUGUUUUUGCAGAUCUGUCUGUAGUAUACUGUAGUAUUUACUGUAGUGUUUUUGUAGACAUUACUCUAGCAUACUGUAGUAUUUACUAUAGUGUUUUUGCAGACAUUAUUCUAGUAUACUGUAGUAUUUACUGUAGUGUUUUUGCAGACAUUACUGUAGUAUACUGUAGUAGUUACUAUAGUGUUUUUGCAGACAUUCCUGUAGUAUACUGAAGUAUUUACUAUAGUGUUUUUGCAGACAUUACUGUAGUAUACUGUAGUUUUUACUGUAGUAUUUUUGCAGACAUUACUGUAGUAUACUGUAGUAUUUUCUAUAGUAUUUUUGUUUUAUUCCCUUUUUUAUUCUCUUUUGUUAUCUAUCUGUGACACAAAUUGGGGUUUGGGGGAAGGGAAUGUGCAGGACAUAUGCAAAUUCAAUAUUAGCGUACCAAUACAAUGUGUAUUGUAGUAUUCUACAGUAUACAAAAAAUUAUAUAGUAAGCACUAGAUCAGGGUUCCCCAACUUGUGGCCCGCGGGCCAAAUUUAUUUGGCCCCCCAAGUUUUCAUUAUUUCAUUGUUGGACAUAAAAGACUGUAAAAACACCAGGAAAUCAGUUACAAGUUAUUUUUAUUUGGGAAAUCUGUUGCCAACUAUUCCCACGCGUAAUAGACACGUAUGCAAACAUAAACAAAGUUUGAAAUUGUUAUGUUUUAGUCAAAUAUUAUAUAUUUUUGGGCUUCUUGCAACCAAUUUGCAAAUUAUUUGUAAUUUUGUUCCGGCCCCCCGACCACGUGCUCAAGAAAACAUCAGCCCGCGGCUGAAUCUAGUUUAUGAUCCUUGCACUACAUGAUCGAGGGAUACUACAGUGUAUAGUAUAGUACUCUACAGUAUACUACAAAAUUCCAUAGUAAGCACUAUACGAUCAAGGGAUACUACAGUGUGGAGUAUAGUAUUCUACAGUAUACUACAGUUUGCUACAGUUUAAUCGUUGUAAACGCAACAACCAAAGAGAUGUUUCUAUUUGCAUAUUUUGUAAAUAUGAGCUGCCCCAAUAUUUUGAAUUAGCUUAGUGAAUUAGCUUAGUGUUGUUUACUUGGACUAAUUAAGGGUGGCUGGAGAGGGAUAGUGUUCGUAGCAGGGAAGGAGUGUUGUAUUCCCAAUCAACCAGCCUAUCCUUUUGUGUUCUCAACUUUCCAAAUAGCUGUGGAAAUAUAGGAAAUGUAUGUUAUCCAGAACAAAGGGUAGAGAUCAUUUUUUUGUGUAAAAGAUUGUGUCAGUUAGAUGCCAAGAGAUAUAGCUACAGCAUGUACUUAUUUUCUUCAUUUUACUGUUGCACAGUUUGACAAUCUAAAGUAUACACAGCUUAAUCUCUGUACAAAAAGUACAUUUCAUUUUUCACCCUUUGAAAAUACCACUAAUUUGGCCAGUUUUCCAACAGGUAGUCUUCCUCCAUGAAAACAACCCCAUCUAUGGUGUGUGUGUGUGUGUGUGUGUGUGUGUGUGUGUGUGUGUGUGUGUGUGUGUGUGUGUGUGUGUGUGUGUGUGUGUGUGUGUGUGUGUGUGUGUGUAUAUGUGUGUGUGUAUAUGUGUGUGUGUGUGUAUCUAGCGCUGCAUAGCUCAUAUUAGUGUGGUACUGUACAUUAUGCUUCAGUCCAUCUUCUUGUUGUCUUAGUACAGAUGUAGGAUCUUAAUUUGACCGGUAUUGUCGCAGCAAAAUAAUCCUGCAGCAACCAGAUUUGAGCAUUUAGUAUUUUUCGCCAAUGUAAUGUUGCUUGAUCGGUGGUUAGGCUAUUACCUGGCCAAAGUUAGGCUACAUGAAAAGUGCAAUACUGAUAAUAUAACCGUGUGUUAGUGCGGGUUUUCAGUGAAUGUAUGUAAAUCGUCAUCUGCAUUCCUCCAGUGCAGGAACAUUUUCAGCGGCAACAGAGUGGUCAAAUUAAGAUCCUACAUCUUUAUAGCAUCUUUUGCAACGUGAGCCUUAAUGCAAGUCUCAGUAACAUGAGCCAUCACUUGAGAUUUGGCUUUAAAACAGCUCACAGUGCAAGAGGUGUCAUAUAAACCGGCAUGAAGAUACAUCUCAACUGUCUAGGGGUAUCUAGUACAGGGGUUCCCAAACCUUUUUGGCCCGCGACCCCAUUUUGAUAUUUUGGCCUACGACCCCAUCGUGAAAAAAGUGAUGUAAUCAGCGGCCAAUGUUUACUUUCUAAAUUUGGGCUAUGACAGUCUAUUACAAAUCAGUCUGACAGUACUUUUGAAGGAAGUAUAGUUUGAAGUGACUGAAAUGCAUAAGAAAGGUAUUGGGAAGUUCAGAAGAUCAUCAGACAAUAAUUCUGCCUGAUCUUCUGUGUAGAAAAUAACAUUUCAUUGAUGAUGUUCUUUUCACCCAGUCUGAUUUAGUGCCUGGUCUUGUCAUAAUGAGUCCUGCGCUGAUUUUGGUCAGAAGGAAACAUAAGACACAUUCAGGAUGUGCUCCUGAGUGUCUUAUUUUUCAGUGAUGGGGUCAUAAUAUUGUGCAGCUUAAACGGUUAAAAAGAUAGAGCCUCAUUUGUAGGAAGAAAACACAAACCGCUCUGUUUAUUACAACCGCAUAUAGCGCCAAACGGAGGUUACUUACGUAACCCCGGUUCUAUGAACCAAGCGCGAUUUAGUUCAUUUUAUUUCAGUUUCUCUCAUGACCCCAUUUUAAAAUCAGGCAACCACACAUGAGGUAGCAAUCCCUACUUAGGUAAACGCUGACCUAGGAUGAGAUGAAGAAGGAUAAGACAGUGAUUUCAUUCAACGGAACUCCCACUGAAUAGAUGUGUUAAAUAGGUCAAUUGAACUGGACCACAACAAUGGAAUUGCCAUGGAAAUGCGUGGGUGAAAGAUCUGUGGGGGAAAGCUCCCGAGUCUCCUCAUUGCCCCCCAGCAAAAUGUGCCUACAUUAAGGCAAUAUUUUAUGUGUACAGUGCCUUCAGAAAGUAUUCAUAUCCCUUGACCUAUUCCACAUUUUGUUGUGUUACAGCCUGAAUUUGAAAUUGAUUAAAUAUAUGUUUUUUGUCACCCAUCUACUAGGUAUCCCGCUUUUCCUUUCCCUUUCCCUUGCACACCAUACCCCAAAAUGACAAAGUGAAACAUGUUUUUAGAAAUGUCUGCUAAUUUAUUCAAAAUUAAAUAAAUAAAUAUCUAAUUUACAAGUAAUCACACCCCUGAGUCAAUAGAUUUCAGAAUCACCAUUGGCAGCGAUUACACAUGAAUUAAUGUGUUAAAAAUUACACUUUGACAUUAUGGGGUAUUGUAUGUAGACCAGAGAGACAAAAUCAACAUUUUAUCAAUUUACAAUUCAAGCUAAACACAGCAAAAUGUGUAAAAAGUGUGAAUACUUUUUGAAGGCACUGUAUUUCACACUAUGUUGAGGUAAAAACCAGAGUAUAUUGUUUGUAUGGAUGUCAACCCCCAACACAUGUUGACGUCAUCGUCACCAAUCAACUGCAUUACAGUUAAAAAACUAAUUUGACUACCACCACAGAUUUCUGUAUGCUAGCUAUGCUUACCAGCUUAUACGAACGGGAGUUAGCAUUUAGCAGUCACUUUUUCUAAACUUCUACGACUUCUACGGAAACAGCCAAAUAUAUCCAAAUCGGACUUAAUCCUUGCGUCAAUCUAAGUAAUUCACCUGUGCGUCAAUCUAAGUAACAUAAUAACAAAUCCCAAUCAAAAUCCGUCACUUUAAACUAGAGAUACAUUUUUUGUAAGACCGAAAAUUCGGUCUUUUCACGAAAACGUCUGUAGCAUCCGAAUGGUUUGGCCUACAAACUAAUAUGACCAUUCUAGGGAAACACGAUGUUGAUCUCCGUUUUGCUCUACAACCCCCAUAAUCUCCACGGGACUUGUCUGAAGUCAGUAAUGCUGAUGUGCCAACUUCUAUCUGUAGUUUCUGAACUGUUUGGGCUGCAAACUAAUAUGACCCCACUGUGGAAAGGGGAGACACUCACAAACACAUCUGCGUUCCAUUGACUCCUUUACUGCAUCUAUGGACCUGAAUGAAUUGGAUUAGAACACUUGGUUCCCAUCUUUUAUGACAUCAUCUCUGUCUCCUUCUGUAUGUCAGUCUGGGCUGGUGUGUCCGGCCAGACCGCUCAGGAUCCAGACACCCUGAGCUAGAAAGCUGGAAGGGAGUGGGCAGAUGAAUGUAGGUAAUAAAGUGCUGCUAAGUUACAUAUUGUAUGGUUAGAAUGAAACGUAGGAGUCAAAGUGUAUUAUUUGUCUGUUAAAAGUAUCCAUUUUGAAUAACAGUAAAAAUGUGGAGGUACUUAUUUCAUUCCAAACCAUGUAGAAAGACCUGAUUCUAUCAGUGCUAACAGUUAUACAAAGCUACAGUGCACUUUCCUCUUCAAGAGAACACCCCCCCUCCUCCAAUUCCAUGACACUGACAGUAGAAACCAUUCAUUUGAUUCAGUUUUUGCGUAAAGCCAAAUGUACAUAAAACCUUCAUCUGUUCUUUUUUUGUUGUUGAUUUGAAACCAUCUGUUAUCAUAUAAUGUCGACUACUACUGUGUAUUUAGAUCAGUGUUUUGGCCUUGUCUGACAGGGGACAUUACAAACCUUGUUACUUUGCUGUGUGUGAUUAGUCUCCUUAGGCAGACGGGUUACCUCCCACAAUGUUCAGUGCUGUUGCCCAAGGGUCUGGGAAGACUAGUGUGUGCUGGGUCUUGUGAAGAGGGAGCAGAGCUGUUGUUUUGUCACUUCUGAAAGGACCAGCACUUUGUGUUGUCACAUUGCUUUAAGGCAUGGUGCAUAGAGUCUGAGGCGGACAAGUUCUCUUAUCUUUCAGACACAGACAGUGCGGCACACAAAAGCUGAACAGACAGACAGAAAUGUGUGCACACAUACAGGCACACAAACGUACACACUAAUGCACACGCACUAGACGAGUUAUAGUCAUACAAAAAUAUGGAGCUUUUUAUUCUGGCUAUAUACAGUAGGCCUAACGAAUCUUCACAAUUUGUUACCGUAGACAUGCACAAAUUCUACUCCAAAUGUACGUUUAGUGUUGAAAUUGUUUGCAACUUGCUCAAAAGUGUCACUUUUUAUUGCCUAUGUCAUUAACAUAGACAAAUACAAAUGUUUAGUUUUUAUUGUUAGCAAAUUCUUCAUAAGAAAAUGUGUAUCAGAUUAUAUAUAAGAGAAUGUCCAUGGAGGUGUGAUACACUGUAUCCCCAUGACAGAGUUUCUGUGUAUUGGGUUGUCAUACGGUGAUGCCAGGUCAGCCACUGGUACGGCCCCGUUUCAUUCUUCCCUUCUAUGUACCUUUCAUCUUCUUCUUUUGAGUCUAUUUUUCUAUCAGAGUCUUCCUAUAAUGUCCUGCACAAACCAGAAGUUGUACAGAUUUUUUUUUAUUUGGGGAAUUAUAUUGUAGAUACAUAUUAAUAUUGCAGUUGUUGAUAAUAAUAUUAUUAUUAUGUCUGUGACAAUUUUGUUUAGUCUUUUUCAAUAAAAAGUAACAUAAAUCCUCAAAAACA